UCUAUAUCCCAACUGCCAUUUUUUUCAGCAACUCGCCUUUGGACUUUUGCUCUUACAUCAUUUUGAUUACUUAAAUCGCUGUUUGAACACAUCUCCAUGCGACUUCUGCAAAUUCGUGGCAGCGACGAGCUCAGCCUUGUUGAGCGGUUGCCUGAUGAUCUCCCACCUUACGCCAUACUUUCGCACACUUGGGGUCCCUCCAACGAAGAAGUAACUUACCAAGAUCUUCUGGAUGGAAAAGGUAAAGAGAAGGUCGGUUACCGUAAACUCAUUCUAUGCGGACGGCAAGCCGCUCAGGAUGGCUUCCAAUACUUUUGGGUCGACACAUGCUGUAUCGAUAAAACAAGCAGCGCAGAGCUUUCAGAAGCAAUAAACUCAAUGUAUUCCUGGUACCAGUUGGCGGAGGUAUGUUAUGCGUACCUAGCGGAUAUAGGUGCUAAAGAUAGCUUCACAACAAGCAAAUGGUUUACUAGAGGAUGGACGCUCCAGGAAUUGUUGGCUCCAGAGGGGGUGAAAUUCUUCGACAAGAACUGGUCUCUUCUAGGAACUAGAGCAGGCCUGCAAGAAGAAAUAUCCGAACGUACCCGAAUUCCUGUCAGUGUGCUCUCACAAGCAGAGCCUAUCGAACGUUUCAGUGCUGCACAGAGAAUGUCAUGGGCUGCAGAGAGGAAAACGACGAGGAUAGAAGACAUAGCCUAUUGUCUGUUAGGCAUCUUCAACAUCAACAUGCCUUUGAUAUACGGAGAAGGAGAAAAUGCUUUCAUCAGACUCCAAGAGGAAAUAUUGAAGAUAUCGGAUGAUCAAAGUAUUUUCGCGUGGCGAUCAACUGAUGAUCGUGGUGGUUGCCUAGCUACUUCGCCAGCCUCAUUCCGCAACUCCGGCAACAUCGUACAGUGCACUACUCUAGAUAGCUCCUAUGAUCCAGUCAUAUUGAGCGGCAAGGGUGUUCAUCUUAACGUCCGAUUCAUGGGUAUUGGUCACGAUAAGUUUGGCUGUGCAAAGCUCGAUUGCCACGAACAAGGAAGUGGAGAUGAGCGGAUUUCCAUCUAUCUGAGCGACAUGAGCUUGACAAUGAGGCACUUGAAGAGAGUCAAGAGCGAUAGAUUUACGCAGACGGAUUUCGAGGAUUUCAUAUCGUCACGAUAUCCGGUCAGAAGAUUAUGCAUCCAAAAAUCGCGCGUAAAAUCGAGAUCGGAAAGCCGGCUGCAUAGAGAGACUAGGGCUACUGGAUCCGGAACACUUGUUCUUGGACAGCUAUCGCAAGAAGGAAAAAAAGCUGAAAGUCUCAACUCGCUGCUUGAGGCAGUCAAGACAGGGAUUGAGGAUGAUGUAUGGCUGCUUCUGACAAGAGGAGACAUCGAAGUGAAUGAAGAAGACCACGAUCAGCGCACAGCUCUGACUCACGCUGCAUGUAAUGGAAAAGAGAAUAUUGUCAAGAUGUUACUAAACCACACACGCGUCGAUGUCAAUCCUCAAGACGUACACGGACGGACGCCACUGUGGUGGGCAACAUUGAAUGAACACAAAGCAGUGGUCCGACUUUUACUCGAAACGAGUAGAGCGAAGGUCAACUUAGCAGAUAGGAAUGGCUUAACGCCAUUAUAUGUAGCGGUAAAAUCAGGCGACGUGGAAAUGGCUCAGUUACUGUUGAAACUCAUUGGAUUUCGAAGGAAACCCGCCGCUAUUGAGCGCAGUGCUGGCAUCCGAGCUUCCAGUGGUUCAGCUGCUACUGGAAACAAGCAGAGUCAACGUAAAUUUCAAAAACAAGGAUGGGCUAUCACCGCUCCUAGCAGCAACAGUAUAUAUAAGAGAUUCGGCUAUGGCAAGGCUAUUACUGGAGAAAGCUGAGGCUGACGUCAACAUAAGGGAUGAAAAUGGAAGAACCCCACUCUCAAGGGUCGUGACAGGUUGGUUUGGAGAUACACACCAGAUGGUCAAGCUACUGCUUGCAACACCGAACAUUCAGGUUAA